AUGGAGGACUCGAAAACCAGCGAUAAGCUAUCGGAGUUUUUGGAAUCCGGCGUUUACCGGUUGGAAGAUUCGAACGCCGUUUUCAUCGACCCGGUUCGCGUCCUCAACCGCUCCUACACCAGGUUUAGGGUCUCCCCCUCCGCCUACUACUCUCGCUCUUUCGACUCCAAACACGCUGGUCAAGAGGCUAGGGUUUCUUCAAAUUUCAGAAAGCGAAAGCGGAAGGAGAAGAAACCUCAGCCUCUCAACGACAGAGAACGAGCCGCCGAUCAACGCCAUCAGGAAGUGAGACCUUUUUUGCUGAAGGCGCAUGAAUCUUUAGUUAGAGCAACUGAGCUUUUAGAGGUUGUGAGCAAUUUGAAGGGGAAUUUGGGUCCUUCAACAUCGUCUCCUGGAGCUGAACAGUCACUUGUUGAACUCGGGCGGGUCUGGCAGGCACCGCUCUAUGAGAUUACUCUGAAUUUCCAUCCAAAUGACAACGCAAGGGAAGAUGGAGGUGCCCCUACUAUUCAAUACUGUGAACAACGUGCAUUCCCUGUGUUUAACAACUUAGUCGUUAAUGAGACCAGUGAAGAUGUGGAGGCUGAACUUUUGAAUAGUCAAUAUAUCUUACCUCCAGAGAGUUCCUUCUACAUGUCUGAUCUGGGGCAGAUUCACAAUCUAAUUCCUGCUGAGACUGAUUGCGGCUUCAAUCUUAUUGUUAUUGAUCCGCCAUGGGAAAAUGGAAGUGCUCGUCAAAAGCAGAGGUAUGUCUAUUCUUUAAAGGUAUAUAGUAAGGGGCACACCUUAGAGAUAAUUGACUCUAAAGGGAUGCUUAUCCAACUGACUCUCAUUAAAACAAAUUGUACUCAACUUUUGCCUAACCGAUAUUUCUUAUCCCUUCCCGUCAAGCAAAUUUGUCAUACGGAUGGAGCACUUGUUGCUUUAUGGGUGACAAAUAGGGAGAAGUUGCGUGGUUUUGUUGAGAAAGAGCUAUUUCCUGCAUGGGGAGUCAAAUAUGUUGCUACUUUUUUCUGGUUGAAGGUCAAAGCAGAUGGUUCGUUGAUUUCUGAUUUGGACCUCUUUCAUCACAGGCCAUACGAGUGCCUUCUAUUGGGCCUCGUUCAUGGGAAGGUUACAGAUUCAAAACAGCUAUCAAGUACCAAACCUAUACUACCGGAUAAUCAAAUCAUGUUAAGCAUACCGGGAGAUUACUCAAGGAAACCCCCAAUUGCAGGAUUGUUACAUGAGUAUGCUCCGAGGCUCCAACGUGGUCGAUGUAUUGAACUUUUUGCUAGAGAGAUGACUGCCGGAUGGAUUUCUUGGGGGAAUGAACCCCUUCGUUUUCAGGAGUCCAAAAAUUUUAUGAAGACAUAG